AGCUCAGCGCGUGCGCUACGUAGCCAUCUUGUGUAGAGCAGAGGAAGCGGAGCUGUUAGCUCGAGAUCUGCGCUGACAGCAGACGGACUGACAAACAAACCGUCGCUCUGCUCCCGACAGACUCCGCUAGCGCCAGAAACGGAUAGUAAACAUGCGUUACUACGUGUCGAGAUGUCUAUCUGAUGUGUUUCACGGAGGAUGUGAGCUUCUGAAGAAGGGAGAGUGUUGAGAACCGAAGGCGCCUCAGAGUCGCGUUGAGUCCGGAGACUGGAGCAUUUCAGCGGCCUGACGGAAACUCCCACACCGGGGCAUGGCCUUCGUUUAGGCCACGGAGAAUAGAGAUACGGGCUCGGAAGGAUUAAACACAGCUGGAAUAAAGCUGCCAUUGUGUUUGGAGCUUCAAUUUAAAGGAUUUAAAGGAGUGAAAAUGCCGCGAUGAGGGCGUCCUGAGUUAGCGUGACGUUAACUGAAAAUUACAUGACAUAUUUUCAUACACAUUGCGUUACUACGCUUACAUUGGAGCUGUGCGCUUCAGUCUGACGCGUUGCGAUCAGAGCAACGCGCUUAAAGCUGUCAACAUGUCUAAAAUGCUGUCGAAAAAGAAGAGCUGUUUUCAGAUCACCAGCGUAACGCAGGCUGCGCAGGUGGCCGCCAACAGCAACACGGACGACACCGAGAGUUUAGACGACCCGGACGAGCCCAGAACUGAGGACAUGUCCUCAUCCGAGAUAUAUGACAUGUCCAAAGCUGGAGACUUCGAGCCGGAGGCGUGUGAUGUCAGUUUGUCGGAUGAAUCGCUUCAUAACGAUGCUGAAACAUCUGGCCAAGAGGGUCCCAUGACGACCAUACCUGGUUCUCCUAGCCCAGGUGCUGUUCAUAUAAACCCAAAUGUCCGUGCAUUAGGCGGGACCAUAUCUUCCCAGUCUUCAGGUUCAGCUGCAUCUAAUGCACCAUCCAGCACAUCACAGACUUCAUCGGUUAGCAGUUCUGCCACAGUAAGUAGCUGCAGCUCCCGUUUCAGGGUCAUCAAAUUAGAUCAUGGUACGGGCGAACCCUUCAAAAGAGGUAGGUGGACUUGCACUGAGUUUUAUGAGCGAGAUACGGAUGCUUCCUCGUCCGCGCGGACUGUGGAUAACGUCAAGCACGUUGGCACCACGGACCAUGGCGCGGACAGGGAUGCACUAGGAGUCGCGGGAGGUUCGGUGGCUGCUCAUGUUGGGCUUUCAACACCUGCAGCAGAACCACACACCGAUAGCGGUUACAUAUCUGCACCAUCGAACCCACCUGUGGAGGUUCAGCAGNNAACCUUUGGCAUUUCGCAGCAGGGAUUAGGGCUUGUAGUCCAGAACCUUUACGGCGAUGCCCACGCUCAACAUGUCAAAUCUCCCAGCAUGCCGUCAACAACUCAGCCACAGCCAUUUCUCCCGGGGAAGCAGGCACAGAAACCUGGCCAGAUUCUUCAGACUGUUAUUCCAUCGAACCAGGCUGACUACAGAGCGCCGCAACCUCCCGGCUCUCCGGCCCAGACCGUCUCAGUGACUUCUCUUCCGCUCGUGACCCCCUUGAACCAGGGUCCGUCACUUGUCAUGACUCCUGCAGCGGGAAGCGCUCACAUGCUUGGAUUAGUUCCUCAGCCCGUGGAUGGCAGAGGGCUUCCCAUCAGCCAGCCGGAGCAUGUUCAGGGGCUUUUACAGCAGUCGGGCAUCAACACGGCUCUAGGGACCGUGUCAGCCGCAGCUGUUGUACAACAGGCACCAGUGCCUCUCAUUCAGCCAGCAGUAACUGUGUCUGUCAGCCCCCAUGCUGUGGUCCCUGGUGUGCAAAAUGUGCCUGUUGUUAUGUCCAGUGCCUCUAAUACCCCCCAGGGCAUGCCAAAACAGACGCCGGCCCCCCAGCAGAAUCAGCCUCAGGGAGUCCACAGCGGUUCAGUAGUAGGACUGGGUGCGUUGACAACCCCCGCUAACUUUAGCCAGCUUCCCACCGGCGUCGCCCUGGCCAAUGAGAACCAGAGGAAGCCUUACGGGCUACUCCAGAGCUCUGUGCUCAUAGGAAAAGAUGCCAUCAAACCCCUGAAUCCCGAAGGCUUGCAGCUUCCCACACCUGCUGUCAGCAGCCUGUUUGGAAUAGCUAUUACCAUUGACGGGGAUGAGGACAGGAACCCCUCCACGGCUUUCUAUCAGGCCUUCCCAAACGGCAGGUCAAAGGCCAUCAGUGAUGGUGCCUCUGGCGCCAGUGUUGUGGCCAUUGAUAACAAAAUAGAGCAAGCUAUGGAUCUUGUGAAAAGCCAUUUAAUGUACGCCGUGCGCGAGGAAGUGGAGGUCUUGAAGGAGCAGAUCAAGGAGCUCUAUGAGAGGAACUCGCUUCUGGAGAGGGAGAACGCAGUAUUAAAAUCUCUGGCCAACACUGAGCAGCUGACCCAGCUCAACAACCUCGGCAGCACUUCACCCCAACAGACGGCGGUCAACGCCAUCCUACAGGAAGGAAGCAAACUCGUGGCCUUGCCCCCGCAACCCAACGUGUCCACAGCGUGAACAACAACAAAAAAAUGACAAUCUGCAAAGGAGGUUUUGGUUUGCCACUUGCGGAGAGCCAUGCUUCGUUAUACGCGCUGCUUGGCUUUCCCAGUAUUAGACAAUCAUUUUGGGAGAAGCAGACUUGGCUUUAUGUGGGUAUGGGCUGCUGGCAGGCGCAGGCGAAAGAGUUCAGUAGAUUUAGCAGGAAGCUUGUCUGUCGCUUUCAGAGUCUCAGGCGAAGCCAAACACCGUGGAAAGCUUGGGAGAGCCUCUUUAGUUUUACUGUUUGCAUAUAAUUAUUAGAGGGCUGCUAUUUUCAUAAUGUAAAUGAACAAUGUAACAGAGAUCUAUUAUAUAUAUAUAUAUAUAUAUAUAUAAGAACUGUUCUUUAGGUUUCUGAAAUGUAAGAUACUUGUUUAUCAAGGCAAUAAUGUCCCCAUGGCACAGUUCCAACACUAAAAGUGAUUCAACAGCAUUGCUGAUACACAGUCCUGUAUAGUUGAGUUGGUUCGGGGUUGAAUGUACAUGUGUAUAGAUUGUAAAGUAUUAAAGUAUGUUGUACAGGUGAGCAGCAGUUAUCAAGUAUUUUCCUUUCGGAUUUAAUUAAGUAUACUUGCUAUACUUUCCCUAAGUACUUAAAUUCUGAUUUCCAAUUCUGAUACAUUUUGUAUUUUAGGAGCUGUGAAUGAGUUUGUACGACAUAUUUGUAACCAAAGAAGAAAAGCUGUAUUUGUUUUGUAACGCACAUUUUCUUGUUUGUUUGCUCGCGCUUUUUUUUUUUUUUUACUUCGUCACCUUUUGUGUCUGAUUAGCUUGUGCUGCAUGAUCUAUCAUGACUAUUUUCUUACCUCAUGUUUUUUAUUCGUCAUAAUUUAAGCAGUCUGUGAACAAUGUUUGAUUGUGGAUGGUGAAGGGUGAUUUUUGGAGUUAAAAACCCAGUAACGUAAAAAAUGGUUUGCAUGGUGUUAAAAAACGUGAUAUACAGACAAAUGUUUAUUUCAUUGCAGAAAAUGUACAAAAUAAAUGCCGAUUUAUAUUUCCAGGUGUAGUUCACACUGAUUACUUUCAAAGAAUAAUCAAAUAAUCAUCGUAAUGAAAUCAAAGCCGCAAAAGUGUUCACAGAUGUCAUUUAUGUAUAGGGCAUGUCCUCUGUUUUCAGUGUCUUUUGUGCCUCUUGUACUAUAGAUGCAGCGAUCUGGUUUAUUUUUUGCCCAGUUUGAGCCAAACAGAAAUAUCGUACAAUCACUGUACAUCAGUCUGAGCUUUUUAGGUUUGCUUGUUUUUCUUCUUUUUUUUUGUUGAAGGAAAUGUAGUAUACAAGCAAAAUGCGAUGCAUUGUACUUGAUCACUGAGCCUUUGAGAAUAUCUUAAAAAUACCCUUGUAAUGUGCUGUUUUGAAAAAGUUUAGUUUUCUGUUGGAAAUAAAUUGCUGUUCCAUCGAGAACUAAAGCA